AUGUACAUUAAUAUACUUCCUAUUUACGACUGCCAUUCCAUCGCUGCACCGGCGACUGAUUUAUACGGCGCGAAACGGCGCGAAACGACGAAACUUUAUCACUUCUCAUUCGUAUCAAUGGACAAAGACGCCACCAGAAAAGUAUUUCUCAAUGAGUUUGAGCCUCUUCGCGAGGACCUCUUGGAUGUUAUCAAGCUGUACAGCAUGCCAGAAGAGGCAAUCAAGUGGUUUAGUGACAGUUUUUCAUACAAUGUUCCUGGAGGAAAAUUGAACAGAGGAUUGUCAGUUGUUGAUACAUAUGCGAUUUUGAAGGGAAAAAAGGUCAAUGAGUUGGAAAGCGACGAGUUGAAGAAGGUGACUAUCUUGGGUUGGUGUGUUGAAAUGUUGCAAGCAUUUUUCUUGGUUGCCGAUGACAUUAUGGACAAGGCCGAAAAGAGACGUGGUCAUCCAUGCUGGUAUAAAAAGGAUGGAGUGGGUCUUAUUGCCAUCAACGAUUCGUUCGUGUUGGAAGGAGCCAUCUACGUGGUAUUGAAGAAAUAUUUCAAAAAAGAACCUUACUACGUUGAGUUGUUGGAGUUGUUCCAUGAUAUCACAUUCAAGACCGAACUUGGUCAAUUCCUCGAUUUGAUUGUGGAAGCCGAGCACCAGAAGCUCGACCAGUUCUCCAUGGAUAAACAUGACUUUGUUUGUAUCUACAAAACGGCAUAUUACUCAUUUUUGUUGCCUGUUGCUUUGGCCAUGUACGUUGCUGGAAUUGACUCCGACGAAGACAUGAAACAGGUCCAUGACGUCUUGAUUCCUCUUGGAUUGUACUUCCAGAACCAAGACGACUUCUUGGAUGUGUAUGCUCCUCCAGAAAUUUUGGGUAAGAUUGGAAGGGACAUUUUGGAAAACAAGAAUUCAUGGCUCAUUCUCGAGGCUUUAAAGAUUGCUUCUCCCGAACAGAAAAAGAUCUUGGCUGAAAGUUACGGCCAACAGGAUGCGGAAUGUGAGGCUAGAGUGAAGAAAAUCUACCAUGAUUUGGCCAUUGACAAGGUGUACGAGAAAUAUGAAGAGGAGCAGUACCAAAUGUUGUCGCAAAAAAUUGCUUCCAUUGACGAGUCCAGAGGAUUGAAGAAGGACGUACUCACUGUUUUCUUGAACAAGGUGUACAAGAGACAAAAAUAG